AUGGUCAACUUUGGUGACGAGUUUCAGCUGAGUCGCUGGUUUAAUGCCAGCUCCAGCAGCUGCGCACAUGCAACAGACAGCGAGGACGGAGACGCGAUGGGCUCGACAGAUGACGUUGCAAUGUCAUCGUCAAGCGGCACGACUACGACUCAAUGCUUUGUCUGUCACAUGCCCAAUCCCGAGUACAUGUCUACGAACACGGUAAAGAAGGCACCGCCCGUACCCGUGUGCUCUGUAGGUUGUGAGGCCAAGUAUCUCGAGAAAAAGGGCAUGAAGCCAUCAGGUGACUCGAAGAACGUGGAUCCGAAUCGCUGCUUCAUGUGUCAAGCCUUUAAUCCAGAGUUCUUGAUCAGCAGUCGCGGUUCUGUGACGUCAGUAUGCAGCAAAGAGUGUGAGAAGGCCUUGUUUCGUCGGAAGAAGCAGCGUAUGAUUGCUGAUGGGGAUGAAAGCGUGUUGAUCAAGCGCUCCAAUGGCGACAGUGUCGAGCCUACCAAACGUCUACGCCGCACGCUCACCUUUUUAGGUGAUCAGCUGCUCGAUAGCUCGGAUGGUAAAGGAUACAAGAGCUGGUGGCUCGGUGCUCUGACCUUUUAUGAUUUCGUGUAUCAACGCCACGGAAUGUGGCAUAGCUACUCGAUCAGCAAUGACGUACCGCGUGUCGACCAGUGUCUGAUUAAAUUUGCAACUUGCAAUAUCUAUCGCGAGCUGGACCGUAGCACGGCAUACCUUCGAAAGCAUGUGCUUCGAUGGCAACUAGCCCACCAAGGACGCUUGGCACUUCGUGAAGUUUUGUGGAUGGCGGUGAUGUUUAGGUAUUGCAAUAAGCUGGAAACGUUUUACAAGCUCAAGGGCAUUCCCAGCUCGGACGACUUUCCGCAUUUUAGAAAGCGUCUACUUGCAAUGGCCAAGCGCUCGGAUGCCAACAAUAUUUUGGCGGGCGACCGUGAGCUUACGGUGGAUACUUACCUAGAGACUCUGGAGACGUUUUUGCAGAACAUUGAUGAGACGACAGUGUCGGUGAAGGAGUGCAGCACGUCUGAGGCCAUCUUUGAUGUUCUUCGCAAGUUCCAAGACAACGUCCUUGGAUCGUUUACAUGCUGGCAGGUCGUCUGCGAUCUGAUGGAGCUCCACAUAUUGUCCGAGGAUUUCAUCACGGAUGAAUUUGUAUGGCUCACCCUCGACGCGAGUAAGAGCCUCGUGCAAAUAUUUGGCAAAAACCGGGCGCGACCCUCGGAGUACGUCGCUCUCGCGAGAUUGCUGCAACAGCGCCAGCUCCAAGGUUUUAAAGCUCUGCAAGUGACUUUCCCGUUCUUUAUGGACCAGAAGCUGAAUUUGAAGAAUAUUGGGCACGCACUGCACAGCUUCCAAGUGUAUCGCAACAUGAAACUACUGGAACAUAAGCAAAGCCACAAGCAGGAGCCCGGAACCUCGCAACCUGCAGUGUACAGCUCGCGUACAUACAUGAUGGACUCAGAGAACUGCGAGGUUUGUUCUCAUCCGGAUAAUGAGGACGAGUUGGUGCUGUGUGACAUGUGUCAGCGCAUGUUCCAUAAGUACUGCAUCAAUAUGAAGGAGCUGCCUCCGGCCUCGUGGGUCUGCACUGCUUGCAAGACGCUGCAAAAUUAUCCGCAUGAAGGUCUGGUUGUGGAGCGAGAAGUGAUUUCAAUUGAUUAA